CACGAGACUGGACCAUUUAAGGCAUUUUUGCUAAAUAAAUAACUAAAUAAAUAAAUAAAUAAACAAAUAAUCAUUCAAAAAUGAAAACCUAGGCUACCUAGUGAAAAGAUUUUACUGCAAAAAAAAAAAAAAAAAGGCUAACAGGAAGUAAUGCAACAUUUAAAAUUCCUGCUUACGUGAUGCUGCUGAAACGAAAGAGAAAAUAAGCGCUUGUUUGAAAUCAGCUCUUUCACUGAAAACACAACUGAGGAAAUCUUCCACAACCAUGGCGCAUAUUGACAUAGACGAGGGCUUAUAUUCACGGCAGCUGUAUGUCCUGGGCCAUGAUGCAAUGCGACAUAUGGGAGAGGCAAAUGUCCUUAUUUGUGGGAUGAAAGGUCUCGGGGUGGAGGUGGCCAAGAACAUAAUUCUGGCUGGAGUUGGUUCAGUGACCAUCCAGGACACAGGGACGACCGAAUGGAGCGACCUGUCCUCUCAGUUUUACCUAAAAGAGAGCGACCUGGGGAAGAACCGAGCAAUUUGUUCUGAAAAACAUCUUGCCCGCUUGAAUAGCCAUGUUCGACUUUCCACCCAUACUGAAACUCUAAAUAAGGAGUUUCUGGACAACUUCCAGGUGGUGGUUCUCACAGAUUCAUCAUUUGAAGAGCAGCUUUCAGUGGCUGCAUUCUGCCACUCCAACAACAUCAAAUAUAUUUUGGCUGACACCAAAGGACUUUGUGGACAGUUGUUCUGUGACUUUGGAGAAAAGUUUGUGGUCAAAGACAUUGAUGGGGAACCGCCAAGUGUGUCCAUGAUUGCCAGUGUCUCCAAGGGAAAUCCUGGUAUAGUGACAUGCACAGAUGACCAGGGCACCUUCACCGAUGGCAUGCGUGUUAUCUUCUCUGGGGUUCAGGGCAUGACCGAGCUCAACAGCUGUGCGCCUACUGAAAUCAAAGUGAUAGACAGCUACUCCUUCAGUAUUUGUGACACUUCAAAUUUCUCUGAAUAUGAGAAGUGUGGAGUGGCAACUGAAGUCAAAGAAACGAAGACACUUAGUUUUAUAUCGCUAGAUGCUGCUGUGGAGGAAGUGAUGCGCGAUACUGAGCUGCUGGUGCUCACUAGUUUUGGGAACGUUCAGAGAGCUCGAUCUCUUCACCUGGGCUUUCGAGCACUGCAGGAGUUCAAACAGAAAUACAGUCGACUGCCCAAACCCAGGAACCAGGAGGAUGCUGAGCUACUGCUUGCCAUGGCGAAGCAGCACAGUGCAGCAGCACAGUUUGAUGAGUUAGAUGAGGCAGUCGUGAGGAAACUGUCUCUUUGUGCCAGGGGAAAUUUGGCUCCCAUCAAUGCUUUCAUUGGAGGACUGGCUGCCCAGGAGGUGAUGAAGGCUUGCAGUGGUAAGUUCACGCCGCUCAAACAAUGGCUCUACUUUGACGCUCUGGAGUGCCUUCCUGAUCAGGAGGACAAUGACAAAGGACUGACAGAAGAAGCAUGUGCUCCAAGAAACACUCGCUAUGAUGGUCAGAUUGCUGUGUUCGGCUCUGAUUUCCAAGAGAAACUGACGAAACAGAGAUAUUUUCUAGUGGGUGCUGGUGCCAUUGGCUGUGAGCUUCUGAAAAACUUUGCCCUAAUUGGCCUCGGUGCUGGAGAGGGCGGGCACAUCACGGUGACGGACAUGGAUUCGAUCGAGAGGUCCAAUCUGAAUCGUCAAUUCUUGUUUAGGUCAGAGGAUAUUGGGAAGCAGAAAUCAGAGGUGGCAGCUGAGGCCGUGCGUAAAAUAAAUCCCAGCAUGAAUAUCACACCUCACCAGAACCGUCUGUGUCAGGAGAGCGAGGGCAUCUACACACACCAGUUCUACAGCAGCCUGGAUGGAGUGGCAGCAGCUCUGGAUAAUGUGGAAGCCAGAGUGUAUUUGGAUGAGCGCUGUGUGCAGUACCAAAAACCCAUGUUAGAGGGAGGGACUCUGGGUGGGAAAGGUCAUACUCUGGUGGUGGUUCCACACCUGACUGAAUCGUAUGGACCAGCAUCGACUUCAGGACAGAAAGAUAUUCCACUUUGCACACUGAAGCACUUCCCUCAUCGCAUAGAACACACUCUGCAGUGGGCCAGAGAGCAGUUUGAGGGCCUUUUCAAGCACACACCAGAGAAUGUGAACCAGUAUCUAAGCGAUGAUGAAUUUUGGGCUCGUACCGUUGGCCGAGGGGAAGCCGAGGCCUUCGAGGUGGUGGAGGCAGUGUAUAGAAGUCUGAAGGACAGACCCCAUGACUGGCAGGAUUGUGUGGCUUGGGCUCGUUUGAAGUGGGAGAGCUUUUACAACAACGACAUCGCUCAGCUGCUCUUCUGCUUCCCUCCUGACCAUGUAACUAGUUCAGGUCUGCCUUUCUGGACGGGCGCUAAAAAAUGUCCUCAUCCCUUAACCUUUGACCCUGCCAAUACCACCCAUAUGGAUUUUAUUGCGGCCUCCGCUUACCUAUAUGGGCAGAUUUAUGGGAUCAGUGGGUCAACAGACCGUAAUGACAUGAUGAAGAUCCUGGAAGGAGUGCAUGUGCCUGAGUUCCACCCAAACACCAGUGAGACAAUUGCAGUGACGGACGAGGAACUGGAAAGCAGAGAGGAGAGAAAGGACGUGGACAAAGAUGAGCUACAUGAGCUAAAGCAGAAACUGUCAAGCCUCCAGCCAGACAGCCAAAAGUGUCGGACUUUUCCACUAGAAUUCGAAAAGGAUGAUGACCGUAAUUUCCACAUGGAUUUUAUAGUGGCAGCGUCUAACCUGAGGGCAGAGAAUUAUGAUAUACCAGCAGCAGAUCGGCACAAGAGCAAGCUCAUUGCUGGUCGCAUCAUCCCUGCAAUCGCCACAACCACAGCAGCAACAUCAGGCCUCAUGUGUCUGGAACUGUAUAAGCUAGUGCAGGGUCACCAGCACAUCAGCUCGUUCCGUAAUUCCUUCAUUAACCUGGCAUCCAGUUACUACUUCAUGUUGCAGCCGUGCAAGGAUGCAGGGUUCAAAGUUGCAGGGAAAGAGUACUCCCUUUGGGACAAGCUCCUGGUGCAGGGAAGAAAAGAAGGACAGGAGGAAAUGACAGUGGAAGAGCUGUUGAAAAACGUCAAGGAAAACUAUAACCUGACCAUCACGGGUCUGUAUUAUGGACCUUCCGUGUUGUACUCUGAUCACAUGAACCAUGCAGCUCGACUUAAACAGAGAGUGUCAGAAGUUGUCCAGAUGGCCACCAAGACUGAGAUUCCAGCACACAAGCAGAUGCUGGAGAUCAUGCCAUCUUUCGCUGAGGAUGAGGACUGUGAGAAGGUUCCACCAGUUAGCUAUGUCUUUAGAUGAGGUCAGCAAGAUGGGAGAAGCAAAAUAAAGUCUGCAGUGUUUACUGUCAGCUUUAUCAUAUUGUUCUAACAAAGGAAACCCUGUUCAUUAUCUUCACUCUCUUUAAUUAGCUGUUUACAAAUGUAUGCUCUAAGAUUUGUCUGAAUCUCUCUCUCUCUCUCUCUCUCUCUCUCUCUCUCUCUCUCUCUCUCUCUCUCUCUCUCUCUCUCUCUCUCUCUCUCUCUCUCUCUCUCUCUCUCUCUCUCUCUCUCUCUCUCUUCAAAAUUACAGUGGGGUCCAAAAGUCUGAGACCACACUGAAAAUCUGGGAUUUUUAAAAUGGGAAAUAAAGUAUAUAUUCAGUAUCUUGAUUAUGUAAUAUUUAAGAUUCUGCAAGAUUCUAGGUCCCUGUUCGAAAUCUAAGCAAAUGUGUGAUAUUGACUGCGUUAACUGCUUUGUACAAAAGGUCAGAUUUUCCUCAUGCCUAAUCUCUUCCAUCGAAGCUCGUGUUCAGACGACACUCCGGUGGAAUUGAUAUCAAAUGGAUCCAUAAGGUUUUGCACAAACUUGUGGAGUCCAUGCCAGCUCGAGUGCACACUGUCAUUAAAGCCAAAAAGGGACGUAACGAAUACUAAGAAACUAAAAUUCAGGAAUUUGUCGUGAAGAUUGUUGUAUUGAAUUAGAAAAGAAUGCAAACUUGAAGCGUUCUGUUGCAGAGAGAGCGAGACGGAGAGAGGUUAAUGAUAUAUGUAGAUCCAAUAUUCUCUCUAACAUAAGAUUAUAAGUCAAAGAUAAUCUUAUACAGACAUUAAAAA